AAAUCCAAAAUCAUAAAGUUUCUAAGAAUGAAUUGCGCCUUCUUGACUAGCUGUGAUUGUGUUUUGCGAAGAAACUGGUUCAGGAGUUUCUCCGUCAAUAGAAAGUUUACAAGAAAUAUAAAAUCGUUGAAGAGGAUUUAUCUGUCGAUACAAGCAGAUUCAUCCCAAGUCGACAAGACUUUGUUGGAGAGCGACUUGGCUUUGAAAUAUUUCCAGUAUAAAGGUUUUCGUACUAGUUAUAUAUUUAGUUCUCAAAACUCUGAGACUAGUGACAAGUUAGCUAUUGUAUGUGUUCAUGGUUUUGGCGCAACCUGUGGACACUGGAAACACAAUAUUCCUUAUUUAAGCAAAGUAUUCGGGUCUGUCUAUGCAGUAGACCUGUUAGGUUUUGGCGCAAGUGACAAACCAAGUCCAGUUCGUACUUCUGUUGCCUAUACCUUUGAAGAAUGGGCAGCACAGGUAAACGCUUUUGUAAAGGAAGUUGUUCAGAAACCUGUUAUUCUUAUCGCCAACUCUAUCGGUUGUAUUGUAGCAAUGCAAGCUGCUGUAGAAUCUCCGGAAAACUAUAUUGGACUCGUUGCGUUGAAUCCAUCUCUUCGUUUACUUUCUAAAAAGAAGCGUAGAGGACUGAAAGCUUUGUUUGCAACUUGUAUUGCAGCUCUUCUACGCUUCCAACCUGUUAGUACAGUAUUUUUUAAACUCUUGACCAGAGAAACAGUUAUUCGUAGAAUAUUGGAGCAAGCUUACUACGACAAAAGCAGAGUAAGUGAGUCGUUGGUGAAAAUGUUGUGGAAACCUUCCAAGGAGCCAGGUGCUCAGGAAGUUUUUGUUGAGUUUACCAACUACAGUGAAGGAGCCACUCCUGAGGAACUUCUAGAUAAGUUAAGAUUGCCAGUGGCUAUUCUUUGGGGUGAGAACGAUCCUUGGGAGCCAGUGACUUUGGGAAUGAAUCUGAAACAAUUUCCGUGUGUCAGACGAUUUAUCACACUUCCUAAAGUGGGUCAUUGUCCUCACGAUGAAGCACCUGAAGUUGUAAAUCCUCUUCUUGAAGAUACAAUAAAGGACUUUAUGUCUUCUCGAUAAAAACUCCAAUCAUUAGAGCUGUUUCUUUCUAUCUGAAACUACGUUGCUUUUCUAUCCAUUCACAAUGGCAUUUGGUUCAUGUUUUCCCAAAAAAAAUACAUAAAAGUAUUUCACACCGA